CAAAUAGAACGAGCAACCUUACUGAGGAUUUCAGAAACGUAAAAACGUGUAGUCUAGUAGUUGUAGAUAUUGGAAAAGUUAGACACAGAAUAAACAACGAUGUCCUUAAUAGAGGAUCUUCGGCUUAAUAAAAUAUGUGUGUCUCUGCAAGCUGGGGAUAAAAAAAGAAGGAAAGAGGGACUUGAAGAAAUUCUGAAUGUCGUCUCCGACGCUCAGAAUACCUUGGAGACCAAGAAUCUCGAAAAAAUAUGGGAAGACAUUCACAAACAUAUUGUACGAAUUUUGAACGAUCAAGCGGAAGCAUGCCGUGACUUAUCAAUUGAAAUUCUAAAAAAAUUCUUUGAAUGCCUACCAGUCUCUGACAAGAACAUUAUAUACAUUAUUCCUGUUUUGGCAAGACGUUUGGCAUCCCAGGAACUCAUCGAAACCUCUGAGGAAGUCAGAUUGAAUUGUAUUUUGCUGUUGAAAUUGAUUAUCUUAAAGUAUAAAGAACAUCUUCCAAUAUAUUUGGAAGAUUUAUUGGGAAUCCUGGCGAGAACUGUGGCAGACAAUUAUCCAAAUGUAAAGAAAGAAAGUUGUGAAUGCAUAUCUCUGUUAGCAAAGUCUAUACCUAACUAUUUUUAUUCUCAUUCUGAUAUUCUGGUUAAACCUAUUUUGAGUAACUUCACUCAUCAACAUUACAAGGUCCGUGUUGCAUCCAUAAAAACAAUAGGAGAUGUCUUACAAUAUGGAAAUAACAAAUCUAUUGAGGAAGUUGCAACACCUAUGGCAGUAAGACUUUUUGAUCAAAGUGGAGUUGUUAGAGAAGCUGUGGUAGAAGUAGCAGGACAUUGGCUGCUAGAGUUAAAAGAUAGAUACAGCUGGUGGCACAAACUAAUUCCAUUGUUAAUGACUGGAUUACAUGAUGAAAUUGAAGGCGUAAGAAACAAAGCUACUCAAUUAUGGGAUGCAGUUGGUAAAAAAUAUAUGGAAGAAAAUGAGUCUGACCAAAAGUUUAAAGAUAAAAUGGAUUUUCUAAUAGAUGCUCCUGAGCAUUAUCCUACAAAUGUAUCUAGACCCAAUUUAGGGUGCCGUGUUAUAGCUCAACAAAAUCUAUGUAAACUUGUCAAUGGGAUUAAUUCUGAACUUGGUGAUUGGUUGGUCGAUAUUAGAAUUCGAUCUGCUCAAUUACUUUGUGUGCUUGUACUAAAUGUAGAGCAGGAUGUUACGCAGCAUAUAGAAAAGUUACUACCAGCAAUGUAUCGAGCCUGUAAUGAUGAAAAUAAGGGCGUUGUCGAAAACGUGGAACGUGCUGCAGAAUACAUGGGAUACUUUGUACCACCAGAUAUCUUUACACAUCUUGUCUUACCAACACUGGAAGAGUCACCCACAGCUGGACAUCUUACAGUUUUUGCUGGGAUCUUACGAGGCAGUCCACGACAACUUCUUACAAUGCAGUUAGAGAAGAUUGGUAAUUUCUUGCAGCAGGCACAUAUUUGUCAAAGUAAAAAAGCAAGAUACCAGCAACAAAUACUUCAGUGCUGCAAAGCUCUUCUUACUGUUUGCAAGGAGGAUUGCUUGGAAAUUUCUCAAGAAUUAUUUACUACUAUUUUUACAGUAUUGUCAAUGACAGUUGAAGAAGGGGUUCUAAAAGAUGCUGAACAGUCUUUAAACUUACUUAAGCAAAUAGAGGAUCUAUGCAGCUUGGAUAAACUCUAUGUAUAUCGCAUAAGAUCUAUUUUAGUGGCCAUACAGAACGGAUGUGACUCCUGGACAAUUCAUACUGCAAAUUACCAAAUUUUUCGCUCUUGUCUUAUACGAGCAGGCUCUGCUAUUGCACAGCAUAUGAGUCUCGUUAUUCCUAUACUAUCUGAGACUAUGAAUAAUGAUGCUGAUCCUGAGCUGAGAUUAAAACAGUUUAUUUCACUAACUGAUUAUCUGUUACACAGGAACGAAACUUUGAGUUCUACAGAAAACUUGACAGAGUUUACCAAUUUGAUUUUAGAGAGAACCAUAGUUCCUGGAUUAAUUUGGUCAGCUGGUAGAACUGCCGAAGCAAUUCGCACAGCUGCUGUUUGCUGUCUCUGUGCAUUAUUAGACAGUACUGACUUUAAUAGUAACAUAAUUAAGGAAGAGAAUAAUUUCAUAUCAAAAGAAUCUAACAUUGAUUUAUUUUCAACCAAGGAGCACUUUUCAUUAUUGUUUGAAAAAAUAAUACCUAUUCUUGUCUCCUUGGUUGAUGACAACGCUAAGAAAACAAGGCUUUAUUCUCUCCAAGCCAUUUGCCUCGUUAUGCAUAUAGGACAUAAUCUGCUUUGUGUAACUGAGGAACAUAUUCAUCAAACAUAUCCUGUAAUACUAAAACGUCUUGAUGACGGCUGUGAUGAAGUACGUUGUGCAGCAGUAAAAGCUCUCGCAGUAUUGUGGAGUACAAUACCAAAAAAUUAUGAUUUAGUAUUUAGUAAGAGUCACGUUGAUGCUCUCUAUACAACAGCAAUUGUACAUCUGGAUGAUCCUGACUCAAGUUUUCAAGAAUUAGUUCUAAACGCCUUAAUACAGCUGGCGAAAGUUCAUCCGGAACUGUUACUUAAAAAGGUGGAAAAGUGUCGACCAAAUUUCCGAAAUCAGGCGGGUCUAGAAAGACUGGUGGAAUACACGCAAGCUUUGCUAAUGGAGAUGUAAAUUAUUGUCUUUUUCCAUGAGCACAUCCUGUGUACGAAUUGCCUUUCGUUUUCAAUAACAAAGUAAAAAUAUCUAGAGA